ACACAAACACUCACACACUCACUCACUCCCCCACCCCUCCACCCACUAAUCCACGCACUCCCUCCACCACCCACGCGCUGUUCACGCGCCAGAGAAGUCGCACAACCCAGGACGCGAACACCCCCACCACCAUCCUCACCACCAUCCUCACCACCAACAUCACCAUCACCACCACCAUCACCAGCAUCAUCACGUCGGCAGGAGAGAGCCAUGAUGGCAGCAGGGGUGUUGGUGGUCCUCAUAGCCACCACGGCGGUGAUUGUGCAAGGCUUGUUCCUACGUCCCGACCAGGCCGAGGCCUUCCUGGGCCGCGUGCGCCGCGCGAACGACAAGGGCCUCCUGAAGCUGGAGGAACGUCGCCAGGGAGACCUGGAGCGGGAGUGUGUGGAGGAGAGCUGCUCGCACGAGGAGGCGAGAGAGGUGUUCGAGAACGUACCUGAGACGCGCGCGCUCCUCUGCACCCGCUUCGCUCUCCUCGUGAAGGUCCCCGACUCGAACCGUCGUCCUGCGCUUCAAUGA